AUGCUACCUACCACUCAACUUCUCUCCUCCUCCAAAUCGCCAUCCAGUACACCUAAGAUGCUGGAAACAUUCUCUUCAAUGGCAAACCACUGUUGCGAUCUGAUUGGUCGCUGCAUCACCGCCACGACCAGCCGGAAACCUAUUGCCGGCUACAAAACCGCACUGCCAUCCUGGUUUCGAGUAGAUAAACUUUCAGCUGUGUUUUGCUCGCUGAGAAGUGUACCUGGCGCUAGCUUUAUGAUUGUUGUUCUAGCUGGCUGGGCUGGGCUGGAUACAUAG